AUUGAAAAUUGUAAUAAGAAAGAAAUAUGUUAGAGGUUACGGUUCCAUAUGCAACCAUUUAUGUACAUUAUACAUUUAUAAAUAUAAAUCUAUACAUAUCAUAUGCAUUGCACUGACCGAUACUGACAGUCUCAAAUCUCGAAGUUUGUAAUUCUGCUUUUUACCGAAUGAUGGCAUUACUGUGAUUUUGACUAUAAUCUAUGGUACAGAUUGCAUGUAUGCUAUACGUUCCAAACGUACAUUGUAUGAUGAUAUGAAAAUGCAUGUAUUCAUGUAUACCUAUCUGUGCACUGCAUGUACCCUUCUAAGGAAUGGGUGGAAUGGUUUAAAUUUAUAAUUAAAAAGUGACAAAUUACUUAUAUCUUCAUAAUGGGAAAUCUUAAUAUAUAUGAAAUUUAAUUCGACUGUUAAAGUUCAAAAUUUGUUAACUUAUGAUUAUGAUUUAUCUAUAAACGUUAUUCAUUAUAAGGCUUGGUGGAUUCAUAAAUUUCAAGGUUACUUAAUGCAAAUGUCUGAUCCUGUGAUAAGCAGAAAUUUAUUCACUGCUGCUAAACAAUUAGCAGACAGUGAAAUUCAAUUGAUAAAGGCUAUAGAAAGUUCUAAGAAGAUAAACAAUAAAAAUAUUACAAGUAAUAUGUCUAUGACACAUAAAAGAGAUACCAAAAAAUCUGUAAAAGCUUCAAAUGUUCGUGCAUCUGCUGCUUUGAUAGCAGCUAAGCGUGAAGCAGCACAGCGGAAUUCGUCGCAAGGGAAAAAAUCUACUAAUGUUUUUGUACAUGAUAUAUAUCAAAAAGCAAUAGAUGCAUAUAAUAUUGAACAAAAAGAUACUGGUCUUGUAUUUGAUCAGUCUAUGACAGAACAUGAAUGUCUUUGGGAUCCAAAUUAUCCAGAAUGUCCUGCUAGAUUAACAAGAGUUUUGCAGAGGUGUGAACAAUUGGGUUUAAUUAGUAGAUGUAAAUUAAUUGAAGCAAGGCUAGCUACUGAGAAAGAAAUACUUCUAAAGCAUAGCCAGAAACAAAUUGACAUUUUGAAAUCCACUGAUGGUUGCACAGAUGCAGAUAAGUUAGAAUUGCUGUCAUCCAAAUACGAUGCAGUUUAUAUACAUCCUUCUACCUACAAAUUGUCCCAGCUAGCUGUGGGUUCAACAAUAAACUUAAUAGAAAAUAUUUGUAAAGGAUAUAUUCAAAAUGGAAUGGCUAUUAUAAGACCACCUGGACAUCAUGCAAUGAAAUCAGAAUAUUGUGGAUAUUGUUUCUUUAAUAAUGUUGCAAUUGCUGCUGAAAGUGCUUUAAGGAAUAAUUUAGCUAAAAAAAUUUUAAUUGUUGAUUGGGAUGUACAUCAUGGACAAGCAACUCAACAAAUGUUUUAUAAUGAUCCCCGAGUAAUAUAUUUUUCCAUUCAUCGCUUCGAGAAUGGUGAAUUUUGGCCAAAUCUCAGAGAGUCUAAUUUUCAUUUUGUUGGAGAUGGUUUAGGAGAAGGAUAUAACUUUAAUAUACCGCUUAAUAAAACUGGUAUGACCAAUGCUGAUUACUUAGCUAUAUUUCAGCAAGUUUUAUUGCCAGUGGCCUAUGAGUUUAACCCAGAUCUUAUCAUUGUUUCGGCCGGAUUUGAUUCCGCAAUUGGAGACGAAAAGGGUGAAAUGUUGGUGACUCCUGCAUGUUAUGCUCAUCUUUUGUCAUCUUUGUUGUGUUUGGCCUCUGGAAAAGUUGCUGUUGUAUUAGAGGGUGGUUAUUGUUUAAAAUCAUUGGCUGAAAGUGCUGCAUUAACGUUACGUACUUUACUAGGUGAUCCAUGUCCGAUAUUACAAAAUCUUGAGCUCCCUUCAAGAAGUAUACGUGAUACAAUUUUAAAUACAAUUUAUGCACAUAAACCAUAUUGGAAGUGUUACCAAUAUCAAGAUACAUACAGUAUUAACAGUACAGUAAAUAAUAAAGUAGAAAAUAUUAAUCAGCAUUUACCUACAGUUAUAUUCAAAGGAACUAAUAUUAAACCAGAAAUAUAUGAAACUCGAAAUUGUUAUCCAGUUCAAAAUAAAGAAACUGUUGAAGCGAUAGAGAAACAAUUAAACGUAUUAAUACAAUCUACUAAUUUAUUUAAAGCACCGAAUAAAGUAUGUGUUGUUUAUGAUGAGAGAAUGUUAAAACAUUAUGAUAUAUCUGAUGAUAGUCAUCCAGAAAAACCAAAUCGUAUUAGUGCAAUAUAUAAAAAAUAUCAAACAUAUAAUUUACUUGAACGAUGUUACGUACAACAGGGACGAAGUGCAACAAUGAAAGAAUUAUUACUGGUUCAUUCACAAGAGUAUAUAGAUAAAAUAAAGAGUGUAGAAAAUUUAAAGCCAAAGGAAUUAUCUAAACAAGCAACAAGCUAUAAUUCGGUUUACCUGCAUUCUGAAACUUGGACAAGUGCCUGUGUAUCUACUGGAUCAUUAUUACAAGUAGUGGAUAGUGUAUUAAAUGGAGAAAGUCAAUCUGGUAUAGCUAUUGUAAGGCCUCCAGGACAUCAUGCAGAACAAGAUGCAGCUUGUGGUUUUUGCAUUUUUAACAAUAUUUCUAUAGCUGCUAGAUAUGCCAUAGAAUUUCACAAUAUAAAAAAGGUACUAAUAGUGGAUUGGGAUGUACACCAUGGUAAUGGAACUCAAGCAGUGUUUGAAAAAGAUCCAAAAGUUCUUUAUAUAUCUAUUCACCGUUAUGAUAAUGGAGCUUUCUUUCCAAAUUCUAAACGAGCUAAUUACACUUACGUUGGUUCUGGACCGGGAGAAGGGUUUAAUAUUAAUAUACCAUGGAACAAAAAAGGAAUGGGGGACACGGAGUAUAUAGCAGCAUUUCAACAAGUAGUAAUGCCCAUUGCUUAUCAGUUUAAUCCAGAAUUGAUUUUAGUUUCUGCUGGUUUUGAUGCUUGCAUUGGCGAUCCUCUUGGAGGUUGUUAUGUAACGCCAGAGAUGUAUGGACAUUUAACUCACUGGUUAUCUUCUUUGGCUAAUGGUCGUAUUAUUCUUAGUCUCGAGGGCGGUUACAAUAUUAAUUCAGUCUCCCAUGCAAUGACUAUAUGUACAAAAACAUUGCUUGGUGAUCCCUUACCAAUAUUAGAAAGUGGACAAAUUCCAUGUACAAGCGCUAUUCAUUCUAUAAAUAAUGUUUUAAAAUCCCUGAAACAAUAUUGGCCAAAUUUAAUGUUUAAUGUAUGUUUACCAAAAGAAAAAGUACUCCCUAAGGCUGAACUACCUUGUAUAAAAACAAACGGCAAAGAAACUAAAAAUUCAGAAUCUAAGAUAGCAUUGGAAGAAAUUGAAAGUGAAAAGUUAGAACUGAAACUUUCAAUUGAUAAAAAUUGCUUAAAUUGCGUGACAGAUGAAGAAAUAUUAAAAUUACAAAAUGAAGUAGAGAAUAUGAAAAUAAGAAACUCAUUAUACGACGAUACUACUAAAACGACUGAAAAAACAUAUAAUAAUUCGCUAAAUAUGGAAGCUAUUAAUAUGGUUGCUCGUAACGUUAAAGCGAAGAAUUAUUAUUUUCUAGUUUCCGAAUAUACAAAGGAAUGUAUAAAUCAGAAUGGAAAGAAAGGACUUCCUUAUAAUAAUCUUUCUAACUCUGCUUCCGGUAGUAACGAUGAGCGAGGCGAAGGAGAAAUUGCACAAUCAAGUACCAGUACAAAUUUAUACGAUUAUCUUUCCGAAAAUUUGCAAGCAUUAAUAGCCGGAGAAAUGUUUGCAGUAGUACCUUUACGAGAAUGCCCACAUCUAAACAGUGUUAGCGAUGUUCCAGCUUCUGGAAUCGAUGUACAUUUGCCAUGUGCAGAAUGUGGUAGUAACGUUGAAAACUGGAUUUGUCUGCAAUGUUAUACCGUACAUUGUGCACGCAACGUUAAUCAACACGGCAUAUUACAUGCUGAAGAAAUUGAUCAUCCCUUGGCAUUAAGCUUCAGCGAUUUAUCAGUUUGGUGUUAUCGAUGUGAGGCAUAUAUAGAUAAUCCACGAUUAUUUGCUGCACGUAAUGCUGCACAUCAGAGUAAAUUUGAUGAGGAAUUACCAUGGACAUACAGCAACAACUGAGGUGCAAAUUUAUUAUUGAACUUGUCAAUAACCUUUUAUGUAUUUUAUAAUAUUUGUAAAAGAUCUAUGAAACUGCA